CACUAUUACAUGCUCAAAGACUAAAAGUAGAGUCUAAAACCCCUCUCUACGUCUCCUUCUUUGUUAGAGACUCACUAGUAGUGAAUCCCACCAAAACUCAAUUCUCAAAUUUAAAUUAAAAAAAUGGUUAGUGGCAAAGCUAUUGAAGUUCCUCAGCAGGGAACUGUUCUUCAAAUCAAGCAAGAUGAUAAAUUUUUCUGUAGGCUUCUAUCUAAAGAGAAUUCAAUGUCACUUCCGUCUUUUAGGGAUGCCGCGGUUACGGUUCCUUUUGUCUGGGAAUCGCAACCUGGCACGCCUAAAUACGAAUUUUCUGAAGAUGCUCUUCCUCCUCUAACGCCGCCGCCUUCUUAUUACUUCAAUAACAACAAUACCAUGAAGAAAAUAGGCUCAUGUUCAAGAUCCAACAGCAAGAAGAAGCUUCUCAUGGCUCUUUUCCCUAAAUUGAUGAAUCUCAAGAAGGCCAUUCUUCCAUCUAAUUGUUCAUCAUCACCACCAUCAUUUGAUUCAUCAUUUUCAUCCCCAUCUAAUUGUUCCUCUUCAUGGUCAUCCUCAGAUUCAUCAUCUAAGGUUGUUGGAAGGAGGAGAAGGUUCUUAAGCCAUGGAUCAUCCUUUGAUUUUAGGGGUGAUCAUGAUGAAGAUGGUGAUGAUGUUACUUCACCAAAUUCAACACUCUGCUUUGGCAUUCAUUGUUCUUCUUCUACCUCUAAUAAGUCUAAUAAUUCCAAUAAUGGAGACUCAUUAUGCAGGAUGUGAAGAUAAGGUAAUUAAUUAAUCCUUUCACUCUCUUGCAAUUUAGAGAGUUUAAAUCAAGUUAGGAGAAAUAUUGCAACUGCUUAUAUUUUACAGUCAUACAAAUAUUUCUCUUAAAUUGAUGUAGGAAUGAAUAUUCUAGUGUUUUUUUAUUAUCUAUAUGAUCAUGUCAUGUAAAUAGAGAUAGACAAAAGAAUUUAAAUGGUUGGAAAUGUUUAUUGAUCUCUAUUAUAGAUCCUAAUCAUUUAAUUAUUUUGUGUCUAUCUUUAUGACGUGAAUAAGAAACAUAAGAGUAUUCAUUUUAGUAAAGCUUGUAGUUUUUGUGUAAAGUAUAUCUUUCUAUAGAAGUUUUGCUCUUUCAGGGUUCAUAGGGGUCAACCAAUUUUCUAGGUUGGGUCUCUUUAGUUUGUUUCUGUCCAAUAAAGAACUUUGCAUUGUGCUUGAAAUGUGUAUCUUAUACAUAUUACCAUGUAGUUGACACCAUCAUAGACAAAUAUAUUAUUUGUCUCUUUGCUUAAAAUUUAGAACAAUAAUGUACUUCAAUUCUUAGUUCUGUAUAUUUGGACCUUGUUAUUUAUUCUGUAUUUCUCUGCUUCUUGUUA